AUGCACAUCCACGGAAACAAAAAGCGCGGUUUCCCUAUGCCCGUCUUUUCCAAACUGUGGCCCUUCAACAACAGCGCUCCGCUUGCAGAAUCUACCAGCGACAUGUCUCCAGCGUCCAACCCCGCCACUAAGACCGAGCUGGAGCAGGACGAGCGGGCGAGCGCAUAUACGAUCAGUGCGCUUUCAAAUGACGGACAGGCAGAUAUGGACGCGACAUUCGGGCCUAGUGGUGAUGGGGUGGACGACGUGGUUGAGAGCGUGGAACAAGAGCACAACGUGCAGCAAGAGCUGGGGGCUCGUCACGAAAUCGGUCGGAUUAUGGAGGGCGGAGAUCGGGAGACUUCAGCAGCUGGUGCGAUGAUAGCCGACGCGAGUGACAAGCUAGGCUCCUGCGCAAGCCGACUUGGUGAUGGUGUUGGAAAUGGCAAGCGCGGAGAGCAGUCGCAUUCUCAGGAGCAGGGCAAGACCACGGAUCUGACACACCGUGAGCGUUUGGUUGAUAAUGCGCCGCUGAUCCGGAAAGAGGAUGCGUCGGAAGAGCAACCAUCUGAUCAAUCCCACCGCGAGCAUCAAACUGAAGGCCAUCCGCAUACCAAGACGGAGCUCGCUGAAGAAGAGCAUAUAAUAGACUUGCACUCCGGCAAGUCUACGGUCGCCCAACACUCGGACAUGAGUAACAAGCCUGGAAGCGGAAAGCAAGCGAAUGCUCUACCCCCUGUCGAACGACCACUUCCAUCUUCUCCGCUACCCAGCGACAAACAUGGUCACGGAGAACAGCUCGAUCUCUCAACCGCUCAUGACGAGCCUCCCUCUGAUCCUAGCAGCGACACCAAUUUCAUGCAGCAGAUGAGCGCCCAUUUCGGCAAUCGAAAUGGUGCAGAUAACCAGCACCGCGUCAAACGUGAAGGAACUCCCAACAACAUGCUCGAAGAAACUAUGGAGUAUUACCAAGAGGGAGCUGGGGGUACGAACUUGCAAGACGCACAACUACAUGUGGCUCGAUCGACGGAGCUUCAGGCAGGUUUGCGAGGUGAAGAGGCAGGUCGUAAUGAGAUGGUCUCCGAGCGGAAGAUCUCGUCUGGUAUACACGAUGAACAGAGCUCCCAUCAGAAUGCGGCGCGCUUGGAGAACACUCACCGCGGUGGUCUCUCGCGUGGUCUGUACGAACCAGCUCCUUGGGAUGAUCGAAAGUGGGAGACUGAUUCCCAGCAACCGCAUCAGCAUGUCGACCAAGGUACUGCGCUUAGGUAUGCAGACGUGUUUGCACCGCGUCCGAUGGGGCGAUUCCCGCCUUCACCUCAACCUUCGUUCCGCAACACGAUGCCCAAUCCGCACGGGAGGCAGCCCUAUACGUCUCAACUUGCACCAGGUAUCUCGGACUAUUCCUACGGCUCAGCAUCUUUCCCUACUGUGCAUGGGUGGCCGAUGCCAGAUCAGUCCAUGCAUGGGCAUGGUGUGUCCGAGCAGCCCUCACGUCAGGGCCAGCCGCGUGCUCAGAUACCUGCGAAGCGCAAGCAUGAGGAGGAUUAUCUCGUGGAUCCCGUCGAGGAGAUGGAUGAGUACCUUCCAUCUGAGUCAGGAGACUCGGAAGACUCUGACUCGGAAGAGGAUAUACCUCUAAUGUAUCGCAGGCAAGCGGGAGGUGGCUCUGCACAGCGUAAGCGACCAGUCAUCCGAGCUGGCAGCGAUUCGCAGUCGGAGUAUCAGGAUGAGGAAGAGCAAGGGCCGAGCGAGGAUAAGGACGAAGAAGAGAGUGACGAAGAGAAUGAGGAGGAGCAGGCCGCCGGAGUACAAGAGAAAGAGCAGAUCCAGAACAUGGACGUUGACACCCGCAGUCCUACACAGGAGCCCGAUGCUGAAGUGAUAGCAUCCGCUCUCAGUCUCCCCAUUCAGCUUCCUCCUGCCGGCUCUCCUGCCGGACCGUCCGCCAUCCGGCGCGCAUUACCAGUUCCCCAGCCCCAAGCCGCUGCAGAACCAGCAUCAUUGGACGAGAUAUCCUUCAGGCUCCCUCAAUAUCACGUCGAAAUCAUCCCCAUGAAGACCAAAGAGGACUUCCCGGAAGUUCGCGUCAAUCUCCCCGGCAUGCCCCGUGAAAAGCUCAUACUUACUCCCGACCACGCACACCAGGAGAUUCACCUACUCAAGCACCUGUUCAUGCCGGGCCAGCAGAGCCUGGAGAUCCCGGACCCACAGCCUAUGAUCGCACUGCUGAAUUUCCACACUAUCGCCACCAUGGUGCUGGAGGCAUACACCGCGUACGAAGUUGGUGACCUGGAGGCCAAGACGUCCAGUUCAUCGAAGAAGAAGAAUGACACUGAGGCGCUUGAUGCCACCAAAGACGAAAUCUUCUUCGCGAUCAUUGACCGCUGGCGCGUUGGAAUGGCUGAGGAGACACUGAAGCCGAGCUACAAGCUUAUCCGCGGGGUGCAGGAGUUCUGCGACGUUGCCCUGGAUCUUAUUUACUAUCUUGAGGAGCACGGGUUUGUGGAGGGUCCGCAGAUGAUGCGGAAGGAGCGGAGUGAUAAGGGGUUGAAGAAGAGCAAGGAUGGCAAGGAUGGAAAGAUUGGUGGGGAAAAGGCCACUGGAGAAGACGAAGAGGACGAUACAAGCGAUGAGUCGACGCCGAACAAGAGGGGUAGGGGGAGGAAGCGAGAGAGCGAGAGCCCGGCGAUAUCAAAGGGAAAGGCCAAAGGGGGGGCAAAUACGUUGCCAGCUAGGAAGAAGGCCAAAACGGCCCCCAAGGCGGCAUCGAAGAAGACGAUCAAGGUGAAGAAGGAGCCCAUGGUUACAGUUGUGAAGAGGGGAAAGAAUUGA